UCGCCGCCGCCUCUCAGUCCUCAUACAGCAGCAUUCCGAGCUCAAGCCAGUCGCUACACCGAGAAGCUCGACCUCUAGCUCCACCACCACCACCACUACUCCUACUCUUAUCUCACCUCCACCAUGGCCAACUACAUCCACGUCCCCGAGGAGGCCCCCGCGGUGCCAAAGAUAGACGUCACCCUGGACGAGAGCGACUACCGCUCCGGAGCCCUGCGGCUGAUCCAGGAGCUGCGGCCGAACUGGAAGCCGUCGGAGGUCCAGAUAAAGUUCUUCACCGACGGCAUCACCAACAAGCUGAUGGGCUGCUACGUGGGCGGGGUCAUGAAGGACGUGGUGCUGGUGCGUAUCUACGGCAACAAGACGGAGCUGCUGGUUGACCGGGAGAACGAGGUGAAGAGCUUCCGAGUGCUACAGGCCAACCGCUGCGCGCCGCGCCUCUACUGCACCUUCAACAACGGCCUGUGCUACGAGUUCCUGCAGGGCACCGCCCUUGAGCCAGAACACAUCCGCACGCAGCCCGCCUUCAGGCUUAUUGCCAGACAGCUGGCCAAGUACCACGCCAUCCACGCCCACAACGGCUGGCAGCCGCAGUCUGACCUGUGGCUGAAGCUGGGCAGCUACUUCUCCCUGGUGCCCUCCCACUUCCAGGACCCCGAGAAGAACCGGAGGCUCAGCGUGGAAGUGCCCAGUUCCAAGCAGCUUCGCCAUGAGCUGGUGUGGCUUCAGCAGAGCCUGUCGGUGUUGGGCUCCCCGGUGGUGCUGUGCCACAACGACCUUCUCUGUAAAAACAUCAUUUACCAACAGGAGCCAGACAGCGUAAAGUUCAUUGACUACGAGUAUGCCGGGUACAAUUACCAAGCGUACGACAUUGGAAACCACUUCAACGAGUUUGCCGGCCUGAAUGAGGUGGACUAUAGCCACUACCCGGACAAGAGCCUACAGCAGGAGUGGCUGCGGGCCUACCUGGAGGCCUACAAGGAGCACAAAGGCCAGGGCGGCCCGGUGACCGACAGAGAGGUGGAGGUGCUCUACGUCCAGGUCCAACGCUUACCCUGUGCAUCUCACUAUUUCUGGGGUCUGUGGGCUCUCAUUCAGGCCAGUUUUUCAACCAUCGACUUCGACUUUCUGGGGUACGCCGUGCUGCGCUUCGACCAGUACUACAAGAUGAAACCAGAAGCCAUGGCCCUCCAGUUCCCAGAAUAGAAACCUACCGCUGGACUCCGCCCCCUCAUCCGACAUUACUCCUCCUUCUACUCCUCCUCCUCCUCCACCCUCUGUCCAUCUCUGGCUCUGGUUCGCAUCGUGGCUCCAGUCUGCCCCCUAGUGGUGGUUAGAUAGAAAGGCGGUCAGCCCGGCUGUAGAGCUGUAGGCUCCCCUCAGCCCCGGCCAAGGGGUCCUGUCUGCGAGGACCGGUCUGACUGGAACCCAGUGUGACGGGGGUCUCCACCGCGCUACGUCCACACCCGGCUCAGUCUGUCUCGCCCAUGAUCCGCUCACCAACAUACUCCUGUUAGCGGGCGGGCGGGCGACCGCCACCCCCCCCCCCCCCCACCCCCGACCUACCGACUGAUGACCAAACAAGUUACCACGGAGACCGUCGCACUUCUGUUUGUCUGUGAAGUGGAGCCCCGCCCCAAAACAGAACGGCACAGGGAUG